AUGACUUCGAGGCUGGUGCUAUGCCUGGGUGACCUCUUCAUACCCGACCGAGCUGCAGAUAUACCAACAAAGUUCAAAAAGCUCCUCACCCCCGGCAAAAUCGGCCAGACGCUCUGCCUCGGCAACCUCACCUCGCCCGCAACCUACGACUUCCUGCGCGCCCUCUCCCCCGACUUCCAGCUCGUCCGCGGCGACUUCGACACCGAAGCCCUGCUCCCGCCAAACCUGUCCUCCAACCUCGCCCUCUCCAAAGUCGUCACCCACGGCUCCCUCCGCAUCGGCUUCACACAUGGCCACACCAUCAUCCCGCCGGGAGAUGCGGAUUCCCUGCUGAUUGCCGCGCGCCAGAUGGACGUCGAUGUGCUGCUGUGGGGCGGCACCCAUAGGUUUGAGGCCUAUGAGAUGGAGGGGAAGUUUUUUGUGAAUCCGGGGAGUGCGACGGGGGCUGUGGGGACGGGGUGGUGGGAGGGUGGGGAGGAGCCCGUGCCGAGUUUCGUGUUGAUGGAUGUUCAGGGUGAUGUACUGGUCCUGUAUGUGUAUCAGCUGCGGAAGGAUGCGAAUGGCGUGGAGAACGUGGGUGUCGAGAAGGUGUCAUUCAGGAAGAACGGUGGCGGCGGGUCAUGA